AGCGCGCAUGCUCGUGUCCCGCAUUGUUUGGAUCAGCUGUGCGUGGAUGUGAAACCCCACCCAAUGAGGAAGGACGAGCGGUGAAGAGCAGAUCCGGAGGCCGCCAGACAGCACGAAGCCGAAGAUGAUCGCGUUAUUCAAUAAACUCCUGGACUGGUUUAAAGCGCUCUUCUGGAAGGAGGAGAUGGAGCUGACGCUCGUCGGACUGCAGUACUCGGGAAAAACCACAUUCGUCAACGUCAUCGCGUCCGGUCAGUUCAGCGAGGACAUGAUUCCUACAGUGGGAUUUAACAUGCGGAAGAUCACCAAAGGAAACGUCACGAUUAAGUUGUGGGAUAUUGGAGGACAGCCGCGCUUCAGGAGCAUGUGGGAGAGAUACUGUCGUGGAGUCAGUGCUAUAGUGUAUAUGGUCGACGCUGCUGAUCCAGAAAAGAUCGAGGCGUCUAAAAACGAGCUGCACAACUUGUUAGAUAAACCUCAGCUACAGGGGAUUCCUGUUCUUGUGUUGGGCAACAAGCGAGAUCUGUCCGGAUCUCUGGACGAGAAGGAGCUCAUCGAGAGAAUGAACCUGUCGGCCAUUCAGGACAGAGAGAUCUGCUGUUACUCCAUCUCCUGUAAGGAGAAGGACAACAUCGACAUCACGCUACAGUGGCUGAUCCAGCACUCGCGAACCAGGCGGAGCUGAGGAUGAGGUGGCGGCGGCGGCGUCUGAUUGGAGGAACGGCAUCAUGUGAUCGACUGUGUUGUAGACGCUCUUGAUUUCUCUCUCUGUUCUUAUAAACUAACAGAUAUCAUUUACGCCGUCUGAAGGUUUACGUUCUGCUCCUGUGUUUUUUUUCUUCAUGAAGUCACGUGACGUGGUUUUGCGUGUGUGCUCAGAGAUCAGAUCAGAACGGUCUGAUUCACCGAUGGUCGUGUUAUGGCACCAGCAGAUGGCGCUCUCGUACUGUCAAACCCACUCGUUUUGUCUUUGUACAGCUCUGACAUCACCCUGUGACGUCAGCUGACGUGAUGUCGACCUCACCUGAUUUAUUUGUCUGACGGUGAACCUCACGAGCGCACGUGCCACGGUCUUCUACGAUUACCGAUCAAACGUCCAUUUAUUUAUUACAGACAGCGGAGAUCAACGCAUAUUAACUUCAGUCAGUGUUUCAUCUGAACGACGUUGUUUUUGUUAACUUUGUUUUUCUUGCACGUGUCGAUAUCUUCAGCCUGAAUCGUGCUUAACAAACGCUUGUCUGUUUAGAUUAUACAUAUGUAAAUGUACAUGUUUUUUUUAUUCAUUUGUUAUUUUUUGGCAUGUUUUUUACUGGUUUUCGUUGGCAGUGUUUUUGGAUCGUGUAAAUAGAAAAGCCAUUCUGAACAUUCUGUUGUUGGUCCUGUUGUGAGUUGCGUCCCAUAUUAAUAAUAAUAAUAAUAAUAAUAUAAUAAAGAAAAUCCCAUCCGUAUUCACAGCGAUCUGAAGAAACGGAUUGUGUGUGAGAGAGCGUGCGCGUGCGCGUGACAGUAAUAGUGAGCAUGAGUCGUGUAGACUAGAAUCAGAUUUACUUUUUAAAAACACCGCAGUUUUUUUUCUGUUGACUUUUGCUACUGGUGAUCAUUUUAUAUCCAUCCGGUUGUUUAAUACAAUUUCUACACUACACAAUAAUCUCUGUUUCAGUGCAAAGUGUCUGAAAGCGUCGCGCGCGUUCUGUCACGUGAUCGAUUCGCUGCGCAGACGCUGAGCUCGAAUCGCUUGAAUCAAUUCGUUCGUUUUUCAGCGAUUAUGUUUUUCUUUCUCAUCGUGGCCCACAUGUUUGAGUAGUUGGGACCGGGGUGACUUUCCCCUGCAUGACUUAUUCUGGGAUGGAGCAAGUUGCCAUAGUUACAGAGUAAAAACCGGAGCGGUUCUAUUCGUCUUUUUCUCAGAAAGAAACUUUUUAAAGCAGUCGACAUAACAUCAUACACAACUUUAUAUUCUCUCGUCCUGGCGGUGAUAACUGUACAUGUUGUUAUUGUUAUUACAGAUUAUUUAAAAUGAAAAUAAACGAUUUCCCUCUCAGA